GCCUGAUUCUCACGACAUAAAUAAGAUCCACGCGCCGCGCACGCGCAAACGCUCGCGCCCCACAGAGCCAGCGGACCGAGUCUGUCAGUUUAUCCGGGACCUUCCUGCCCCCGUCUCUGGAGCAAAUGUAGCCCGAAGUCGCGCACAGGCGAACACAGCGCGGAGGGGAAAAGCGGACGCAGGACCGGGAGUGUCUCUCACCGGAGACCAUGGGAGAGUUUUUCUAAAUUGACUAUGGCCGUGGACGCUGCAUCCAGUUUCAGCUUCUGUAGGCCAGCUGUGGAGUACAGGGCUCUGCCUGAGGACUUCAAGCACCAGCUGAGUCGGCGCACUGGCGGGAACCUAACCUGGCAUGACGGGCGUGGACAGAAAACAGCGGGAGGUAGAACGGUGAAGCUUCUGCAGCAGCCGGGCACGGAGCCCCUGCAGUAUCAUUCCAGCAACAGCUACGGGAUAUAUCACACCAGUCCAACGCAGCCAAGCCUGUUCCGCCCUGUUGUGCUGUGGUCACAACAAGAUGUUUGCAAAUGGCUGAAGAAACACUGUCCUCACAACUAUCUGACUUACGUGGAGGCAUUCUCCCAGCAUGCCAUCACAGGCCGGGCGUUACUGCGACUGAAUGGGGAGAAGCUGCAGAGGAUGGGCUUGGUGCAAGAGACGCUGCGACAGGAGCUGCUGCAACAGGUGCUGCAGCUCCAGGUGCAGGAGGAGGGACGCAACCUGCAGCUGCUCAGCAGAGGUACUUUUGGAGACACUUCAUAGUUGGAAAAGGUGGAAUUGAAGGAUGCGCAAUCAUUUUAAAAGUCUGUGGGAUAAAAGCACCCAGCCAGCAAUGAUUAAUGUUGUGACAUGUGAGCUGGACUUUGGCAGCUUUGUUCUGCAUCUACAUGGAAAACGGACAUCUUUAUGGACCAACUGAUGGAAAGCCUUGUGGUCAUUUUAUUGCUCCAUUCUGUGCUCAAUUAUCAGAAGUGUUACUAUGUUAUUGUCCUGUUUCUUUAUAUUUGAAUUUUUUUAAUGUCAGAAAAAAUAAUAAAAAUGUACAUCAGUGCUGA